CUACAUCAUUAGAAUAAUGAAAAAUCUAUAUACCAUUAGUUCUAUUCUUCUGAGAAUAAAAUAAAUAAAUUAAUUUUAUACAAACAAAAUUAAAUUUUGGACAGUAAAUUUAUGAAACAUAAUCCAAUUAGGACUAUACUAAUAGUUAUGAAAAGUGACAUAAUUAUCAAAACAAUAUUAUAAAAUUUAUUUAAUUUUUAAAUAAAUCAUUAUUAAAAUAAUGAUAUGUUAACUAACUAUUUUAGAAUAUAAAUGAAAAUUAUUUAACUUUUAUUUUGAAGAAAAUAAUGAAAACAUUAUAUUUUUAUUUAGUCAAUAUUUAUCUUUAUAAAAUGUUAUAGUUACUAAAUACUUUAUUCUACAAGUUAACAUCCAAUUUUGUUUUUUUUUUUAAUGUUGAUUUAUUUUUUGCCAAAAAAAUCAUCAACUUUAAUAGCCAUUUUAGUUAUAGUGUUAGUCAACGAUUGACUAACGAUAGCACUAAAAUGAUGUGAUCAACGAAAGUUUAUGAUUAAAUGGUUUGUCGAUAAAUUUAAGUGUUUUUUAUGAAAAAGUUUGUGUUUUAUUUCAAUCACAUUUAAAAGUUGAUGAUUUAAAUGAUAUUUUCCUUUUUAAGUUUUGGUACUAGUGUGUUUAUAUUUGAAAAAGUAAUAUAAAUUAAUUUUGAUGGCUUUACUUCUGCAACACCUUCAACAAUCUUUCUCCAUCUUCCUAUAGCUUGUUGAAUCUGAGUUGAGUUUUGUUGGAUUCGAAUAAGAGAAUACAAAACUUGAUUGUGUUUAUUUCGAAGCUGUUUUAUUAAUCAGAAAAGAGUGAGAUUACAGAAUGUAUAAAUAAGAGGAAAAACUAGCCAGCGCUCGUUAGAGUUGGCUGGAAAAAUACAAGUCGGCGAGAAGAGUAAAGUGUAAAACCAUAAUUUUUAGCCGUCAGUCUCUGUUGAAUUCAAAUUUGGAUCCUUUCCUUGGUAGCCCUUUUUUAUCUUUUUAUAAGUGAACCUCAUAUCCCCUUUGUCCUAUGUCGGUUUGCCUUAGCCAGGCUAAGCUUAACGGACCAAGCAAAUGGGCUGAGAAUUUGGGCUAAUGAGCCGAGAUCAUGUGCCGAGCUCGUAGCGCUGAGUAAAGUUAGGCUGUUUAGCUGAGGACUAGUGUCGAGCUGAUGACGCAGAAUGGUGUUUAGGAACUAUACAUUUUUUUGGAUCAGAUCGGUUUGGAUAAUGUUGUGUUCGAGUCGAACUUUUAUUUUUUUUCAUAAAAUUCGAAGUGAACCAAAUUAGAAAUAGUUUAGGUUAAUUCGGGUUCAAAGCCAAAAAAUCUAAAAAGGCCGAAAAUCCCAAGUUUAAUCCGAAAAAACAGGUCAUUAAUAUAUUCGGGGUAUGAAUAUUUUAUUUAUAACUUAUAUUAUAUAUAAAUUAAUAUUUUAAGUAUUCUGGUGGCCGUUCGAUUUUUGGUUCGAUUUUAAUGUUUUGAAUUUAGAAAAAUAAGAAUCGUUCGAGUUUUUGUAAAUUUCUGUCAAGUUUUUGUUUAGCUUCAGUUUAUUUUUCUGGUUUCAGAUAAUAUGUCCACAACUAAUGUCUCAUUAGUUUCUUAUCCUUGUUUAAUCUCUAUCUCUAAAACAUGAUCAUUUUUUGUUAUUAUCCUUAGAAUACCUAAUAAUAUUCAGAAUAUUAAACUCAUAUUUUUAUGUUUUUCAAAUAAAAUAACCCUGAACUUAAAAUCUAAAUAUUGAAAUAGUAACAAUGAAAAUACCUAUAUAUGGCUAAGUCUCUCUCUCUUUAAGCAUAACUAGAUUCUGACCAGCGCGGUUGCGAGGGAUUAUUUAUAAUUUAUGUUUUUAGAUUACAAUUUUAUGAUUUAAUGACAUUUUACAAACUUUACUGCCAAAUUGCAUUUUUUGUUUUCGGUUUGAUUCCAGUUUAGUUGCAAUGUUUGAAUUCCAUUUUAAAAAGUAACCGUUCUGUUAUUUAUAAAUUUGGCUUUGGUUUGGGUUGGUUAUUUUAGUUUUUGGUUUGGUUCAAAUAACAGUCUUAAGAACCUGAUAAAAUUUCAAGUUGAGUUUGAGUGUCUCGGUAUGAAUAGGGAUAUGUAAUUUUCGAGUCGAUUAUGAUUUAGGUAGCUAUAUUUCCGUUUUUUUUCUUUGUUUUUUAUUUUAUUUUAUUUUAUUUUAUUGAAUAGUUUUAUACUUUAAAUAUGUUUAGAAAUUCUUUAUACUUCAAGAUUAUAUACCAAGUCAGAAUAUAUAUAUAUAUAUAUUAAUUACGUACAUAUAUCUUUUAAAGGUAAUAUGUAUAUUCUACAGUUGUGAUCAAAAUAAACCCAUAUCAUUUUGAAACAUUAAAUAUUUUUAUUCUAAAUAAGGAUUAAGUAGCUAUAUUUUUUGGUAAAUAAGUUACUAUAUAUUAGUGGUUGUUGAAAUUAAUUAUUUAUAUUUUAAUAUGUUUAAGGGACUAAUAUGUCUCAUACUCAUUUGAUACAAACAUAAUGUAAAAUUAAUAAAGUCAUGUAAGAUACCUAUUCUUGACCUAUUCUUGAAUAUAUGCAAGGUAUAAUCGAAAGAAAAUUUAGGGUAGCCUUUCAUUUAUAAUUAUAGAUCUUUUUUCUUAUGAAAAGGUAAAUUAUGUUUGUUAUAUUGUAUAAAUAAUAGUAUUGUUGAUUUGUUUUUGUUGCCAUUCAAUUUAAAUUAUUAUUUUACAUUACAGUUACCUUCAACUUAUUUUUUUGGCAAUAAUAUAAUUCAUAUAACGUAGAUAAAACUAUUUCUAUCUAAUUUUAUUUAAUAGUUUUUAAAAAUUUGUUAGUGUUUUUGAAAAAUAAAAUUAUAUUUAAUGGUUUUCGUAUUGAAUAUAUUUGAGAUCUACUGCGUUAAACUAAUUUAUAGACGAUAAGAAUAUAAGUCUAAUGAAAUGUUGCUUGGAUACAAAACAACUUAAGACUAAUGAUAAAGUGAAAAGAACAUUUUACUUUUUUCAUAUCAAGCAAACUUACAAUUUCUCAAAUUAUUUCAUAAAUAACCGGACCCAUGAUAGUGGUAUCCUUAAAGACCAACACAUCAAAGAAAAACCUAAAAACAAUGAUCCAGCUUUCAUGUCUGUCAUGACUUCAUAACAGAACAUGUUGGUGUACAAUUCUCUUCAUGUUAGGAUUUUUUUUCAAAAACAAAGAGCUCCAGAGAAUCUUUUUUCUGAAAAAGAAAAUGUAUUUUGUUAUACGUUCACCUACAUAAGCCCAUCUGAUAACCUGCAAAGGUAUCAUUCCAAGCAAACACUCGAUAAAACGAAGAGGUAAAGACAAACAUCAACUUUUGUUUGAAAAUCAAUUACAAAAACUCCAUUUUGUGUGUAUAGGUUCAUACCGUUGCAUCUACCGGUAGGCGGUAAGAUCAGCUCCAAGAACAUGGAGAGUUAACUUAGCAGUACUACUAAUCCAGGUCUUCAUGGAUAAACUUCUUGGGAUCUUUCUUGCUAGUCUCGCAGAGAACAGCAUUAUGAAAAUUUUAGUAUCACCUCGGUUAGUACGCACCGUAAUUGAUUGCUAUGUUUAGUUUUGGACAUUUUUUCAAUCUCAGGAAAAAUGUGAGUAAUAUGUUUAAUCGCAAGGACUGAUCCCAUCACCUUGAACCAAAAAACAGAACUUUUAAAUCAUCAGGGUUCUAGUAAACAACAAUCCAAAACAAAGAAACAGUUGCAAUGUGAACAAAAUCAUCUAAUCAUCACCUGAAAGUUUGUAGUAGCUUGAGAAUCUCCGAUGAACUGUCCUUGCCUGAGACAAAAUCAAACCAGGAAAAAGUUUAAAACUUCUUGACUCAUAUUCCCACACAAGAAAUUGAUGAUACAAAAAAAAAAGAAAAAAACUGUUAACUAGUCUUUUUAGUGUUAGCUUCGAAAGUAUCAGUUUUGACGGUUAAGGUGUCGUAUUACUCAUUCUCCAUCACCAUACCUUCCUUGUGAAAAACCAAAAACACAAAUUAAUCAAGACUGAAGCUUGUUAAAAUAUUAGAUCACACCAAUUUUAUAAGAAAGAACACGGGUGGAGGUUAUAUUAUCAAUGUGUUCCCAUUUCGUUUGUGACGGAAAAAGGAAUUAUCGGAAAAAAGAUCUUAUUAAGAAAGCCAGAAUCAAGGAUCACCAAUCAGAAAAAAAAAAGCAGAGUCGACGUGAGAUGAUCAUGCAUGAAGCUUACUGGUCAUGUGGAUUAUUAAGAAAUCACUUAAAUAAGCCAAUAAGAUGAAACAUCAGUGGAGAUUUGAAUCAUGACGCUGAAAAGAAACUAUCGAAUCCACUGGAAACUCCAGAAGGCAAAGCGGCCACAUGAUUGCAAUUUACAAAGUCCGAUCUAAGUGAGUUUCUGAAGGAAAGCGAAGACAAACAUGGAGAUGACUGAGAUAUUCGAUGACCUGUUCUUGGAAUACUAAACCAAAUCAACAACUUUUGUUUUCCAGAUUUAAUUACCAAUGAAUCUAUGAACACUGAUCAUGCAUUUGAAUAUCAACAACUAAUAAUCAAACGCAGGGAAUCAAAAAUAUUUUUUUUUCUGAAUAAAAUAGAAAGAAUAUCUACAAUACUAAAAGCAGCAUAUAGAGAGCAUACAGUGUGCCACGUCAGAUUUUUAAUUCAAGCCAAUCAGAAACAUGUAUUUUGACACGUCACAAUCGCUGGACAUUUUGUGUGGGCUAUGUAAAUUUUUUUAUUCGGCCCAUCUCGACCCCCAAAACCUUUUUCGUGCCAAGUUUUGUAAUUCACUUCUCUCCGACUCUUCCAAUUCGUCUUCUCCAAAUCUCUGAGUUCAUGCCCUAACGUCCUUAGAUCUCAUGUUCUUGAAGUCUCAUCUGGAGCCGACAUAGUUGAGAGCGUCAACACUUACGCUCGCCGGAGAGGGAGAGGUGUCUCCGUGCUCAGUGGUAACGGCACGGUGGCUAACGUCGUUCUCCGUCAGCCGAGUUCUCCGUCAUGGGAAUAAUUGCGGAACUGGAGCCGGAGUUGGAGGGGUUGUGACUUUACAUGGAAAGUUUGACAUAAUUCCAUCACUGGUACCGUGCUUCCGCCGCCCGCGCCGUCGGGAUCAGGUGGGUUGUCAAUCCAAGUCGAAUCCAAGUCUGUAAUGGUGGUCCUACGGUUCCUCCAAAAAUAUUGGGAGGAAAUCUCUAUCUAAACCUACCCAUUUUUACUUCGACAACACCAUCCCUGCGAUCAAAGAUUAUAUAAACAGGUAAGUCACGACUUACAUAAACCUAUCUUACCAGCAAAUUUAUGUGUGUUACACAUACUUACUCCAUGCAGCUUGGAAGUUGAAGCAGCAGAGAGUUGAUACCAUGGAAGGGAUAAAAAGAAAGAGCUCGGGCAAUAGGAGACCUCCACACAUUCAUCUCCAACUCCAAUGACACUAGUAAAAAUCUACCGCAUAGCCACGAAAGUGCCACUACAAAACCGUGGCUGUAUACAAAAAACCACGACCACACCACGUUACAGCCACGAAAGAAACAUAGCCACGGAAAACGCGAAAACUGGCCACGAACUAGUCACGAUAUAGUUUUCGUGGCUAGAAAAGCCACGGUAUAGCAACGAAAUUUGCGUGGCCAAGCCAUAGCCACGAAUUUACCACUAUAUUUUUCGUGGCUACGUUUUGUUUUAUUCUGCCGACAUCAAAAAGCAAAUAAAUGUACGUAGCCACGCUUUUAUCAUGGCUAAACCGUGGCUACUAUUAGCUUUUACAGUUCGAAGUAGAGAAAGGUUCGUGUGUCAGAGAUAUUUUUAACUAGCCACGAAGAUGUCGUGGCUAUAGCGUGGCUAUUUGGUAAAAUAUAUUCACUUCCCGUGAGACAUUAAUAACUUUUGUUCUUCAACCAAAUUUUCUAAACAAAACUAUGUCUUUCUACUUUGAUUCAAGGGAAUGGAUGGAUCAAAGGAUUGAUCCUGAGAGUAAUUCUGUUUCAGAAGUGUUUCUUGGAGGCAUUAACGCAUUUCUUCAAUUUGCGUGUAAUCAAGCGGAUUACAUAGAGCGGCAAACGUUAUUGUGUCCGUGUGCUCGAUGCAAAAAUGUGAAGCAACGAGAUGCAAAAGUUGUUUCAAGACAUCUAUUCUUAUAUGGUUUUAAGGGAAAUUACUACGUUUGGACAAGUCAUGGAGAAAAAUUCUACACCGUUGGUGAGAGUUCUGGAGCGAAUCAUUCAACGGGCGAAGAAGAAAUGUGGGAGAAUCCUACUUGGAAUGCUCAUGAAAAUCACUACCAGAGUAAUCUGGAAGUACCAGCGGAACCUAUAGAAGAGACGGAGGUAGCAGAGCCAUAUCGUGAUAGUGUUUUUGAAGCAUUUGAAGCAGCCAGUCAACCUCUCUACGAAGGAUGUGCAGACGGAAUAACUCAGUUGUCUCUUGCUUCUCGGAUGAUGAAAGUGAAGACGGAUUAUAAUUUGGCGGAAGCUUGUGUUGAUGAGAUUUCUGAAGUUUUUAAGAAAAUGCUUCCGCAGCCGAAUAAUGCUCCAGCAACAUAUUACGAGACAAAGAAACUGACACGAGGGCUUGGGUUACCCCUACAUAAGAUUGAUGUUUGCGUGAAGAAUUGUAUGCUAUUUUGGAAGGAAGAUGCGAAUUUGGUUAGUUGUAAGUUUUGUAGAGAAGAUCGCUACUAUCCGAACAAUGGAAAAGGAAAAAACAAGCCAAAGCAGAGAAUGUUUUACUUGCCUAUUGCAGAUCGUCUGAAACGUCUGUACCAACUCGAGGCGACAGCUUCCAAUAUGCGGUGGCAUAAGGAGCAUGUGACUCCGGAAGGCGAAAUGCAUCACCCAUCUGAUGCCAUAGCGUGGAAACACUUUAAUGAGGUAUAUCCUGGAUUUGCUGCUGAAAGCCGGAAUAUUUAUCUAUGUUUAUCAACAGAUGGGUUUAAUCCGAUUGGUAUGAAUGGAGAAGCACAUUCCCUUUGGCCCGUUAUUGUAACUCCAUACAAUUUGCCUCCGGGAAUGUGUAUGAAAAGAGAAUUCCUUUACCUUUCGGUGCUAGUUCCGGGGCCCAAACAUCCAAGAAAAAGCCUAGAUAUUUACCUUCAGCCAUUGAUUGAAGAAUUACAGAUGUUAUGGGAGGAUGGUGUGGAGGCAUAUGAUAUCUCAAUGAAAGAAAUAUUCAAAAUGCGAGCAGUUUUGAUGUGGACGAUAAGCGAUUUUCCAGCUUAUGGGAUGCUUUCAGGUUGGACGACUCAUGGUCGGUUGUCCUGCCCAUAUUGUCAAGAUGAGACUGGUGCAUUCUGGUUAACUAACGGAAGGAAACAUAGUUGGUUUGAUUGCCACAGAAGAUUUUUAGAUGCGGAUCAUCCUUACAGAAAAAACACUCAAGCAUUUAGACGGGGAAAAACAGUUUUAGAUCCUCCUCCUCCGUGGUUGACCGGAGAAGAAAUAUUCCGUGAAAGGAUAAACAAUAUAGAAGGGUUAUCAAAAUCUGUUGAUUGUGGAGGGAAUGGACAUGAUAAUCCAUCCAAGAAAAUAUCCGGAUAUGGAGUUACUCACAAUUGGGUAAAAAAGAGUAUCUUCUGGGAGUUACCGUAUUGGGAAAAUCAUCUACUUCGGCAUAGCCUUGAUUUCAUGCAUAUUGAGAAAAACUUCUUCGAUAACCUGACGAACACGGUGUUAAAUGCUCCUGGAAAGACGAAAGACAAUAUCAAAAGCAGAUUGGAUCUUCCAGCAUUAUGCAAAAGGCGAGAUUUAGAGAUGAAAGAGGAUGGAACGAUGCCCAUCCCAAUAUUCAGGCUGCCAAAUGCGGGAAAAAGAGCAUUCCUUCUAUGGUUGAAAAAUGACAUAAAAUUUCCCGAUGGAUACUCCUCCAAAUUUAGUCGAUGUAUUGACGAAAGCAAUUUAAAGCUACAUGGACUGAAAAGUCACGAUUGUCAUGUCAUAAUGGAACGACUAUAUCCAUUUGCGUUCGCUGAACUCCUUCCAAAACAUGUUCACACAGCGAUUAGAGGUAUUUAUUCAUUUGUAUCAUUUUAUAAUUUACUAUAAUUUAUGCUAUAAUUAAUUUUAUUUUUUUGUUUACAGAUAUUGCCCUCUUCUUCCGAGAUAUCUCUUCGAAGAUUUUGAAAGAGUCAGAUGUUGGCCUUUUAAAGGCAAAUAUCGGUGUGAAGCUAUGUAACUUGGAAAAGAUAUUUCCUCCAUCGUUCUUCGAUGUUAUGCAACAUCUUCUUGUGCACCUUCCAGAUGAGGUAGCCUUAGGUGGUCCCGUCCAUUUUAGAUGGAUGUAUGUAUUUGAAAGAUACAUGUACCAUUUGAAGAAGAUGGUCAAAAAUAAAGCACACAUCGCUGGUUCGAUAGUUGCACAAUGGAUAAACGAGGAGAUUUCAAAUGCUUCCUCUACCUUUUUUGGACAUCCUGAAAUCAUGAGCAUUCCAGAAGGUCCGAGUGAUAUUCGCUUUUCAUACAAUUAUCCGGAUAUACCAUCCUUGUUUUACCAUGAAGGGCGAAUCAGUGGUCAAUGCUCAACUGGUUGGUUGAAUGAUGAAGAUAACACUGUUCUCCAGACAUUUAUGAUGCUCAACUGUGAAACGUUUGCUCCAUAUGAAAGGUAGUUCAUUAUUAUACAAAAUUUAAUAUAAAUACAUAUUUAUUCAUAUUUUUAGUUACAUAAUUAAGAUUUAAAUGUGUCCAGGAUGUUUGAAGAAUAUAUGACUCUAAGUGUUCCUGAUAUUACUCCGGCUGCAAUGCAAAAAGCAAAAGACACCAAAUUCGCUGAGUGGUGCAAAGACUAUGUGAGUUAUUGUUUUGUAUUAUUAAGUUCCAGAACUCAUUUAAUUAAAUUUGUUAUUUAUAACAAUGUUAUUGUAUUGCAGAUUAAUGAUGCGACUCAGUUUUACACAUUUCCUAUGUGGAUGUUGGAUUUUGUACAAGGUCCUAGGCGUAGUUAUAGGUCUUGGCCAAUAUAUCACACACGUGGAUACACUUUCCACACUCAUAACCACGGUCAAAAUAAGAAAACUCAACAUUAUGGUGUAUGUGUACCUGGAACCAAUGAGACAGACUACUAUGGUCUCAUACAAGAGAUUAUGAUGGUGGAGUAUCAUGGUGAUGUUGGCUUGAAAGUUAUGGUUUUUAAAUGUUCGUGGUUUGACCCGACGGAAAAUCGCGGUAUGAGAAUACAUCCAUUUGGUCUUGUUGAUGUCUCACCACGAAGACAAUAUGCAAAAUAUGAUCCUUUCGUAUUACCAGGUAAGUAAAAAAAAAUUUAUUUUUUUGAGAUUUGAUAUUGAUGAAAAGCCAUGAUUGGAAACUAUGAUAUUUUGUAACAGGUAACUGUGAUCAAGCAUGUUUUAUUCCUUAUCCACGGGUACGUCGACAAUCAGUCGAUGACUGGUGGGCUUGUGCCAAAAUUUUUCCCCGAGGAAUCCGAGAAACGUCCGAAAUUGCUUUAACGGCAUGGCAAGAUGAUAGACGUGAUCAGGUUGCUGAAAGUUCAUUGUUACGGGUGGAAACACAUGUUGUUGAUGAUGUGUCCGAUUAUGAUAUUACUCCAGUGAAUCCUCCGGACGAUGAAUAUGUAUCAGAUGGUGAUGUAGAAGCAGACCGUGAUUCAGACGAUGGUUCAGAAUAGACAAAAAUAUAUUCUAAGAGUGUAAAAUAUGUAAAAUAUGUUGUAAGGUUGAAUGUAUUAAGAAAACAAGUUGUGAGGAUGAGAAAUAAGUUAUAAGAUUGUAAAAUAUAUGGUAAGGAUGAAAAAUAAUUUGUAAGGUUGUAAAAUAUAUUGUAAGGAUGAAAAAUAAUUUGGUAGGUUGUAUAAUAUUUUUGUAAGAUUAUGGAAUAUGUUGUUGAGAUAUGUUGUUGUUGUAGGAGGAGAGGUUGAUGGGUAAGAGUUUUGGGGUUAUAGUUUAGGGGUUAGAGGUUUGGUGUUUUGCGAAGUGAUUUAAACAAGGCCACGCUAACUUUCGUGGCUACACAGUGGCUAUGAUAAAUCCAAUCGGUUUGGCUCCAAUUUAUUUGGUUUUGGCUCCACAAUUGUUUUUAAUUUCGCGGUUGAUAUUAAACCAAAGCCACUGUAAUUUCGUGGGCUUUUCGUGGCUAUGACGAAAUUUGGCAAAACCAUUCGGUUUGGCUCUAAUUUUUUUGGUUUUGCCUCCAAUUGUUUUACAAUUCGCGGGUAUUAUUAAAACCGAGCCACGGUUUACUACGGUUUGAUCGUGGCUAUGCUGAAAGGGUUUUAAUCCUUUCCUCUUUCUUCUAAACACUUAGAAAAAAAUAUACUCUCUCCCGAGUCGCCCCCGACGAAAGCAAGUGUCCUCUCCGAUUCGAAGACUCGUCGUCUCUGAUUCCAACCCGCGACGUCUCUCGUUCCAAGCCGCGACGUCUUUCGUUCCCUUCUACUCUCAAGGUAGCCCUCUAUUUCUUCUUCGAGAAUCGUCUCGAUCUAGGGUCGUCGUCUCUGAUUCAGUCUCUGUCACUUGAAUGUUCUUGUUGCAUGUUUGGUUUUUGUUUCUGAUUUAGGGUUUCAGUUUUUUUCUGUUGUUACUGUCGAUUUGUUUCUUAGGGUUUUGCUUUCUCUCGAUUGUCUCUGUCUUAGAAUUGUCUCUGUUUCUUAGAGUUUCAGUUUCUUUCGGUUUUGUCUCUGUCGAUAGAGUUGUUCGAUUAAGCGAUUAAGGUUUGUUUCUGUGAUAGAGUUGUUCGUUGUCUCUGAUUCAGUCUCUGUCUCUUAAUUUUGUUGGACACUCUUAUGUGUCUUUAUUGUUUUAAUUUCUCUUUGUCUCUGUGGGUUUUUGAUUAAACUUUUUCUUCUGUUAACUGCAGAUGGCCUCAAGAAGAGGACAAGGGACAUCUCCUCCUAUGCCUCCUGGUGCCACGGGAGUGGCUGCAACCGGACAAGCUUCAUCCUCCCGUUCAAAUAGCUAUCCGCAAAUGUCUCUCAAUGCCAUGUUCAAUGCUCCUGCUAGGAUAUCCCAGCCACACCUCCAUCCUGAUAAGAUCAAUGGAGCGUUAUGGUAAGCUUUCUCUCUUAGUGUUUAACUGUCAUUAGAUUGUUUAGGCUACUCUCUGAUGUCUCUGAUGUUUGUGGUCUUUUUAGGUUUUCUAUUGACCCAUCAGUGAAUGCUUUCAUCCGUGCAACAUGGCAAGCAUACUACAUGGGACCUUGGAAGAGUUGGAGGUCUGUCCCUGACGAAAGGAGGGAUUCAUGGUGGCAGACGUUUGUGGUAAGUGAUUUACCAACUUAAAUUAACCUGUAAAUUUAUUCUUUGAUAACACUAACUGUAUUGUGUUUCAAAAAAAAAAAAA